AUGGCUUCUACAACGCAGAGUCCAGUAGUGAGCGAUGAAGAACGCCAAUCUAUAAGCGACAUAGAUCAAACAGCGAAAUCUACCACCUCUGAUGUGGCCAACGAAUCUCCCACCACUAUCACUCUUGAUGAUCAUGAGAACCCAAAGAAGUGGCCCAUGAUGCGGAAAUGGAAGGCUGUAUUUGCCAUGUCGUCCUUUGUGCUCAUGAGUCCGCUCUCUUCCACCAUUGUCGCGCCGGCGCUAUCACUUAUAUCCCACGACCUUGCCAUCGAUGUACCCGCGGAACAGACAAUGCUUGUGUCCAUCUUCAUGUUGGGCUUCGCUUUUGGCCCGCUGAUAGCCAGCCCAAUGUCAGAGAUAUAUGGCCGCACCCGAGUCGUCCAAAGCUGGAAUCUCAUCUACCUCGUCUUCAAUACGGCUUGUGGUGCUGCCUCAUCCAAGACGAUGCUCUUGAUCCUGCGAUUUCUCUCGGGCUUAUUUGGAAGUGCCACCCUUGGUAUAGGCGGUGGAACCUUGAGCGACCUAUUUACAGCGGAUGAACGCGGCAAGGCAGUGGCUAUUUACAGCGUCGCUCCGCUUCUUGGCCCAGUCAUUGGACCUAUUAUGGGAGGAUUGAUCGCGCAGCAUGUCUCAUGGCGCUGGUCAUUUUGGGCAGCAUCUAUACUGGAUGCAGUCGUUCAAUUUCUAGGACUUUUCUUGUUGGAGGAGACACAUACACCGGUUCUCCUGCGUUGGAAACAGGCCCGUCUUAACAAAUCGCCUCCAGUAACGACUCGCGAGGCGCUGACGCGCAUUCGCCAUCGUCUUUCUUCCCGUCUGGGGCGUGCAGCUCGUCUAUUACUCACCCAGCCGAUUAUUCAAGUCUUGACAGUGUACAAUGCAUUCCUUUUUGGAAAUGUCGCCAUUCUCUAUGCGACGUUUCCAACCCUCUGGCAGCAAGUCUACCACCAGAAUGUGGCCAUCUCUGGCUUACACUACAUAACUUUGGCUCUGGGCACGGCAUUUGCCAGUGAAGUUUGCACGCUUAUCAAUGAUCGCAUAUUUGCUUCACUCAAGAAGAAGCACCAAGGGAAAACCUUGCCUGAAUUCCGCGUGCCCAUGAUGGCUCCGGCAACCGUUUUGCUAUCGGUGGGGUUGUUCUGGUACGGCUGGAGCGCAGAGCAUAAGUUACCUUGGAUAAUGCCUGAUAUUGGAGCUGCUUGUUUUAUGGCUGGUGGUGUUCUUUGCAGUAUAUGCAUUAAUGCCUACAUUAUUGACACUUAUGGUGAUUCGGCGGCGAGUGCUAUAGCCGCGGUAGCUACCCUGCGAUCUUUGGCGGGCUUUUCUUUUCCGCUUUUUGCGCCAUAUGUGUUCAAUGCGCUGGGGUAUGGAUGGACAGGUACCGUGCUUGGCCUCUGUGGAUUGGGAAUUGGAUUGCCUGGUGUUGCAUUGCUCUGGACAUUUGGAGGCGCACUUCGACGCCAAAGUCCUUUCGCGGCCAAAGUCGAAGGCGAUGAUUAA